GAUGCAUUCUAUGUAUGGCAUUUCUGUUCUGUUGUGGUUCUAAAUGUGUUCUCUUUUCAUGGUUAAUUGAACCAUUUCAUGCCCGACGCAGGGCCAUUUGGUUUUCUGACUAGACAUGAUCAAAUGACCGGAAUUCUUUAGUUCCAUCUUGACCAUUCUUCUAUAAUUUCUCUCGGUUCGAACUCAUUUAUCGCUUUCGGCAGUAAGAGAACCAGAAUAGGCACAAUCAAAUUUUGCACACUUUAAGCAUAAGAUAGAUGGCAUUAACGUGGUUCACCGGAAUAACAAUAAAAAAGGAACACGUCAUUGCUACAAUGAAAACAGGGAAAGCCUUCUUGUUUUUGGCCAGUAUUAAAGCAUUUACAUGGAGAAUGAUUAGGUACAAGCAAGGCAGGCUCUGUAAGGCAAAUGCUACCUUCUUUGUGGCUGACCAAAUGAUUCAUCUUCACGAGAUAUACAUAGGAAGGCGGACAUAUGAGGAGCUGAAUUAUGAUUAUAUGUUUGGCUGAAAAAACAUUAGGGCAAUAUGAAUCAAUCCACUGUCCAUCUUUAUAUUUGGAAGGGCAUUUAAAUCUGAUCUUCUUUGUUAAAUUUUCUGCAUUUACCAAUUAUAAAACAGCUGGCAUAAACAUGAACCAAACCCAAUUAUGGUCCUCUCUUUGUAACUGACUUACCAUGGAGGAACUUAACAAAAAUCCCACAUUUUCCUCUUCUGUUAUGCCAAAUUCACUUUACAGAUAAGAGAAAAUUUUCAGAUGUUCUUCCCAAAGAAAAAGACCGCAAAAUGGCUCGUUCUUCUGGCGAUUGUUCUUCAUCCUGUUGACUCCAACAUCAAUUGUCUGAGGGGUCCUUCAAAUUGUUGCGAGUGUAACAAAAUUUGAAGGACCCUUGGCCUUUCACAUUCCUUACUGGCCUCCAUGAACCAGACCCAACUAUGGUCCUCUCCUCGUAACUGACUUACCAUGGAGGAACUUACCAAAAAUCCCACAUUUUCCUCUUCUGUUAUGCCAAAUUCACCUUAUAGAUCGGAGAAAAUUUUCGGAUCUUCUUCCCAAAAAAGAAGACCACAAAAUGGCUCUUUCAUCUGGUGAUUGUUCUUCAUCCUGUUGAUUCCAACAUCAAUUGUCUGAGGGGUCCUUCAAACUGUUGAUUCUUAAUGUGAAAGAAGACAGUUUCUUGAUCUGUGUCCAGGCAUGAGUUGCUUCCCCUGUUUCUCAUCACACGUUAAACAGAUUAAGAGGGAGCACCUGACUCCAAUCGAAGGCCACAACGCAUCACACGCACCCGGGGCUGAGAAGCAGAAACUAGUUGGUGAAACCCAAAACAAGCCAAACAAGGUGGACCGUGAAAAAAUCAAAGUGCAACAUUUCACUUUUCGUGAGCUCGCAUCUGCUACAAAGAAUUUCCGACCGGAGUAUCUGUUGGGAGAAGGCGGAUUCAGUAGGGUAUACAAGGGCACUCUUCAAGGUAGUGGUCAGGAUUGUCCACUGGUGGUGGCUGUAAAGCAACUUGACAGAAAUGGAUUACAUGAAAACCAGGAGUUUCUUGAUGAAGUUAUGACAUUGAGUCUAGUAUGCCAUGACAAUCUGGUCAACCUCCUUGGUUAUUGCGCCGAUGGGGAUCAGAGGCUUCUGGUAUACGAAUACUUGCCUGGGGGGACACUGGAAGAUCAUCUGCUUGGUACCAAAAGCUUUCCACCAAACCCAAAAGCAAACAAAAAAGAUGUUGCGCCAAAUGAGGAACCUUUGGACUGGUUUGUCAGGAUGAAGAUCGUGUAUGGUGCAGCAAAAGGCCUCGAAUAUUUGCAUGGUAGCUGCAAUCCCCCUAUUAUACACGGUUAUCUAAAGUCCACAAACAUCUUGUUGGACGAAGAGUUUAAGCCAAAGCUGUCUGAUUUUGGACUGGCGAAGCUUGGAUCUGCUGGUAAUAAAAUGCAUGUGUCGUCCAGGGUGAUGAGGACUUAUGGCUAUUGUGCUCCAGAAUACACAACAACAGGACAGUUAACACCAAAAUCUGACGUUUACAGUUUUGGAGUAAUUUUACUGGAACUCAUCACUGGACAGAGAGUAAUUGACACCACAAAACCCAGCGAGGAGCAGAAUCUAGUUGCUUGGGCAUAUCCGAAAUUCCGAGAUCCUAAACUAUUCCCACAAAUGGCAGAUCCGCUACUCCAGGGGAAAUUUCCCGAGAAAGACUUAAAUCAAGCCGUUGCUAUUGCUGCGAUGUGUCUUCAAGAGAAAGCAUCUGUGAGACCACUGAUGAGUGAUGUCGUGACUGCUCUCAGUUUUCUUUCAGGGGCAUCAGAUGAGAGACCAUGUUCAUCUCUUGCGGAUCCUGAGCUUCAUUCCCCCAAGGAAAAUGAUGGAGAAACAGAACAUGAUGACGACAGUGACAGCAGACAAGAUUACUGCAGAGAACAUUCUGAUGUGGUGGACAUAGAUGAGAAAAUUUUGUCGUUUGGAGAUCAGUUUUCAUGGCGAGAAAAGGGAAUAUUCUGAUCAUGAGGACAAAAUGGGUGAGAAUGAUUACCAGCAAAUCGUUUUGGAAGCCAAAUAAAGUCUCAUUCGAGUUACCACAACAGCAUGUCAUUGGACGAAGAAGCCUUCUUUGAGAAAAUGAAAGAAGCAGGACGCAGAUGAAACAGAAGUGUCUCUUAAGUGACAGAAUCAUGUGUCAAUCUCAUGAUGGAAAUAUUUUUAAAUCGUGAAACCAGCAUGAGAUUGAAUGGGAGCAGCUUAUGGAUCCUGCUAAAGUUGCUAGGUAGAUGUAAUGAAGGUCCUAACCUGACUAUCAUACGAAGGUGAGAUCACAGCGGGGGAAGUGUUCCUUUAGGUGACAAAGGCAAGCGAGAUUAAUGGAAAUAUUAGUGUCUUCUGGGACAUAGAGCAGCUGGGACGAGAGAUGACAUCGGCUUUGUUUUUCUGUUUUCACCACUAUAGAUUACAAUUGUGUGAUUAAGCCAAAAUAGCAUCUGGGACUUGUUUGAGUCGAGCGCAUCUAAUUGCUUCCAGAUGAAAGUGUUUAAUCAUGGAUUACCAUUGGUUUCAUUAGAUUUAGCAUGUAUUUAUAUUUGAUGCUUCUUUGUGGGAAUGCUUUACGCUUUGAUCUGUA